GAGGAGGAGGAGGAGGAGGAGGAUUCAGGGAGUAGGAGCUGGGGAGCCUUUCUGCGCCACAGUUCUUUCUGCUCAAGAAGUUAACUUGGUUUCUUAUGGAGAGAAGUAUAACUAUUUUAAGGUAGUCACUUUUGGUCACAUUGUCCAGUUCUCAACAUGUAUCAUUCCUUAUCUGAAACUAGACACCCGCUGCAGCCAGAAGAACAAGAAGUGGGCAUCGAUCCCUUGUCGAAUUACUCAAACAAGACUGGAGGAGAUUCAAAUAAAAAUGGAAGAAGAAGUUCUACUUUAGAUUCUGAUGGGACUUUUAAUUCCUAUAGGAAAGAAUGGGAAGAACUAUUUGUAAACAACAAUUACUUGGCAACAAUAAGGCAGAAGGGGAUUAAUGGGCAGCUGAGAAGCAGCAGGUUCCGCAGCAUUUGCUGGAAGCUAUUUCUUUGUGUUCUUCCUCAAGAUAAAAGUCAGUGGAUAAGUAGAAUUAAAGAAUUAAGAGCAUGGUAUAGCAACGUUAAAGAAAUACACAUCACAAACCCAAGGAAGGUUGUUGGCCAGCAAGAUUUGAUGAUCAAUAAUCCCCUUUCACAGGAUGAAGGGAGUCUGUGGAACAAAUUUUUUCAAGAUAAAGAACUGCGAUCAAUGAUUGAACAAGAUGUCAAAAGAACGUUUCCUGAAAUGCAGUUUUUCCAACAAGAAAAUGUGAGAAAAAUUCUUACAGAUGUUCUUUUCUGUUAUGCUAGAGAAAACGAGCAGUUGCUUUAUAAACAGGGAAUGCACGAGCUGUUAGCACCUAUAGUCUUUAUCCUCCACUGUGACCACCAAGCUUUUCUUCAUGCCAGUGAGUCUGCCCAACCAAGUGAGGAAAUGAAAACUCUUUUGAACCCUGAGUAUCUGGAACAUGAUGCCUAUGCAAUGUUCUCACAGCUUAUGGAAACUGCUGAACCUUGGUUUUCUACUUUUGAGCAUGAUGGUCAAAAGGGGAAAGAAACACUGAUGACUCCCAUUCCCUUUGCUAGACCACAGGAUUUGGGGCCAACAAUUGCUAUUGUUACUAAAGUCAACCAGAUCCAGGAUCAUCUACUGAAGAAGCAUGAUAUUGAGCUAUAUAUGCACUUGAACAGGCUAGAAAUCGCACCACAGAUAUAUGGGUUACGAUGGGUCCGGCUACUGUUUGGACGAGAGUUCCCCCUGCAGGAUCUUCUGGUGGUCUGGGAUGCCUUGUUUGCAGAUGGCCUCAGCCUGAGUUUAGUUGAUUAUAUCUUCAUAGCCAUGUUACUCUACAUCCGAGAUGCUUUGAUCUCUAGUAACUACCAGACCUGUCUUGGCCUUCUGAUGCAUUACCCACUAAUUGGGGAUGUACACUCAUUGAUUCUUAAGGCUCUGUUCCUUCGAGAUCCAAAGAGAAAUCCAAGACCAGUGACUUACCAAUUCCAUCCAAAUUUAGAUUAUUACAAAGCACGUGGAGCAGACCUCAUGAAUAAAAGCCGGACCAAUGCCAAAGGUGCUCCCCUGAAUAUAAAUAAAGUCUCUAAUAGCCUGAUCAAUUUUGGAAGAAAGUUGAUUUCUCCAGCAAUGACUGCCCCAGGCAGUGCGGGUGGCCCUGUACCAGCAGGUGGUAGUGGCAGCUCUUCCGCUGCUGUGGUUCCCGCCAGGACCUUAGCAGAGGUCCCCAGGCAACAUUUGCAGCAGCAGCAGCAGCAGCAGCAGCAGCAGCAGCAGCAGCGACUGAUGAAAUCGGAGAGCAUGCCUGUGCACUUGAACAAAGGCGAUGUAGUUACAGGAAGCGAUGCUCAGGUUUCUGUUCCUGUCCAGACUCUAACUGACCUCCAAGGACAAAGUUCUAAAACCAUCAGUUCAUCCCCAAGCACGGAAAGUUUGCCUGGAGGAAGAGAAUUCACUGGCUCCCCACCUUCAUCUGCUACUAAAAAGGAUUCCUUUUUUAGCAACAUCUCGCGUUCCCGCUCACACAGCAAAACUAUGGGCAGAAAAGAAUCUGAAGAAGAAUUAGAAGCCCAAAUUUCCUUCCUUCAAGGGCAGUUGAAUGACCUGGAUGCCAUGUGCAAAUACUGUGCAAAGGUGAUGGACACUCAUCUUGUAAAUAUUCAAGAUGUGAUAUUACAAGAAAAUUUGGAAAAAGAAGAUCAAAUUCUGGUUUCUUUGGCAGGAUUAAAACAGAUCAAAGACAUUCUAAAAGGCUCCCUGCGUUUCAACCAGAGUCAGCUGGAAGCUGAGGAGAAUGAGCAGAUCACCAUCUCAGAUGACCACUACUGCUCCAGUGGCCAAGGCCAAGACCAGAGCGACCAAAUGCCUGGGGCCACCAAGCAGGCCUCUUCAGAAACACCAGGGAACAUGGACAGAGGGAGCACAGAUGACUUCAUCCUGGUCUCCAAGGAAGAUGAGGGAGGCAGUGCCAAGGGGUCCUUCUCAGGCCAGGCCCAGCCUCUUCGCACCCUCCGAAGCACUUCUGGAAGAAGCGAGCCCCUGGCCCGCUCCCCUCUGGUGUUCUCCGACCCUCUGAUGGGCCCUGCCUCGGCUUCCUCCAGCAACCCCAGUUCCAGCCCUGAUGAGGACAGCAACAACAGCAAGGACUCUGGCUUCACCAUUGUGAGCCCCCUGGACAUCUGACCACAGUACCCCUGGCCGCCUUCUUGGGGACUGGCCACCCCCCUCAGCAGCCCCUGGGCCCGGCUGAGGCUUCCCCAGUGGAGACCCCUCUGAAACCAACACUUCUUUCCCAGCAUGCCUGUGGCCUUAGUGCAACCCAUUGGAACCCUCUAGAGAGGAGCAGACGGCCACAGAGCACACAGACAGAUGUUCCCCAAAAUGCAGACAGGGCUUUCAGGGCCCUAUCCCACCCCACCUUCGCUCUGAGGUAGACGGGGGUUAAGUAUCCAGUAUCAUGCUGUCAAAAGAAGACCAAACCACAAUUCGAA